GUCAUACACACCAUAAAUUUUUCCUAGUACUAGGGUUUAAGACUCGGAGACGUGAUUUUGACGAGGGAAAUUUCCACAGUGGCGUAAAAACCUUUGUUUGUAAGUAUGGCUGCAGUGGAGAUAGACCUUGGAAAGCUUCCAUUUGACAUUGAUUUUCAUCCGUCUGAUCAUCUUGUUGCUGCUGGUCUCAUCAACGGUGACCUCCUCUUGUAUCGUUAUAAUGCUGAUUCUCCGGCCCAAAAGUUGUUGGAAGUUAAAGCUCAUACUGAAUCAUGUAGAGCUGUUCGGUUUAUCAACGAGGGCCGGGCAAUUGUGACGGGAUCUCCAGAUUGUUCUAUUCUUGCGACGGAUGUUGAAACCGGCUCAGAAAUUAUUCGCCUGGAGAAUUCCCAUGGGGCUGCUGUUAAUCGAAUUGUUAACAUGACGGAGUCAACUAUUGCUUCUGGAGACGAUGAAGGAUGCAUUAAGGUAUGGGAUACCAGACAAUGCUCAUGCUCCCAUACUUUUAAUGCACAUGAAGAAUACAUAUCAGACAUUACCUUUGCAGCUGAUUCCAUGAAACUAUUGGCAACAAGUGGCGACGGGUCACUUUCUGUUUGCAAUUUAAGGAGCAGUAAGUCUCAAUUUCAGAUCCAAACUCGCUCUGAAUUUUCUGAAGAGGAGCUGCUCUCUGUGGUAAUUAUGAAGAAUGGUAGAAAAGUAAUAUGUGGUACUCAAUCUGGAACUCUGUUACUGUAUUCAUGGGGAUUUUUCAAGGAUUGCAGUGAUCGCUUUGUUGAUCUAUCACCGAACUCUAUAGAUGCAUUACUGAAACUUGAUGAAGAUAGAGUAAUAACUGGGUCUGAGAAUGGGCUUAUCAGUCUGGUUGGCAUAUUACCAAACAAGAUUAUUCAGCCAAUUGCCGAGCAUUCAGAAUACCCUAUUGAACGUCUUGCCUUUUCUCAUGACAGAAAGUAUCUUGGAAGUGCAUCGCAUGACAAUUUAUUGAAGUUUUGGGAUCUGAAUGAGCUGCUGCAAGAUUCUGAGGAUGGUGCGAAGAAUGAUCCAACUGCUGAAGAUAGUGAUACUGAUGGGAUGGAUGUUGAUGAUAAUAUUCCAAAAUCUUCCAAAGGGACUAAGAAGAAAAAUUUAAAUAAAGCACAAGAUCCUGGGACUUCGAUGAACAAUUUCUUUGCAGAAUUAUGAUUUGAUGUUUCAUUGGUCUUGGAAGGGAAGAGUCAUGGCUAUUCAAACGAAAAAUAGUUCAUCAGUCCUUUCGUUCUGAGUGCUUCCUGGGUUGCUGUCACAUGAACUAACGACUAAGGAAAGAAAACUGGUAUACGUUAAAAAAUGAUCCCCCAUCCCCCCCCCCCCCCCCCCCCCCCCCCCCCCCCCCCCCCCCCACACACACACACCGUGACACAGGGUUUAGGAAGCUGAUUAAUUUGAUGCUUUUCGAGGAGUGUAUUAUACAAGUAUUUGGAGGCUCCAUGGGUUAGCUUUCAUUUAUUUCUUCGAGGGAUAUUGGCGAAUCAAAUUUCGAUUCUGGUGAUAAGCUCGUGUAAUAUUGGUGCAUCGAUUAUUGGAAGAUUAUCCAUAUUUCAUAGUCAUGUAAUGGAAUCUUAAUUUUCGUGUAAAAUGAUUUCCUAUUGACCAA